GAGAUUCGCGUGCUCAAAGCCAAGUGUGACCGCCCCUUUACACGAAAUGCAAAAAAAUGAACAUUUUAAGACGAUCCCUAACAUUGUUGUCAUCGAGAAACUGACUGGCACGAGAUCUGCAUGAACAUGUGGAAUCUUUAUUGUUCCUCCAAACCCUCGAAUGAAUCUAAAUUUCACAAAUAUAACGAUAACGUCACGAAUUUCGGUUUCGCUUGAAUAUCGCACGACAUCAAAGAACAACAACACGGAAACGAUUACGGAGGGAUGGAUGGUACUGUAAAUCCACUAUAGUACACAUAGUGUUUUAGGUCUUUAGAUUUGUUUUCCUUUUUAAAAAAUGAAUAAAUAAAUGGGGGAUGAAGAAAGAAUAUGUAUCUCCUGCUGUGCGGACUGGAUGUCAGAGAUGCCAGCGGGUCUUUGGGACGUUCCGCUAUGGAAUCUUGCUAUACCAGGAAGUCAUGACACCAUGACUUUCUGUUUAGACAAGCAAUCCUCAGUGUUGCAGUCUGAGCCAAAGGUGUUGCGAAUUUUAGACACUUUGUUUCCCUGCCUCGUUCGGCCCUGCAUAAUCAAAUGGGCAACAACCCAGGAUGGCAGCAUUUGUAACCAGUUGGAUUUAGGCAUUCGGUUCCUUGAUCUAAGAAUAGCUCAUAAGAGAAAAGAUCCUGAUGAGGUUUUCUACUUUGCACAUGGGAUCUACUCCCUCCUGACCGUACAGGAGGCGCUGACAGAAGUAGCUCACUGGUUAGACCAGCACACCAAGGAAGUGGUCAUCAUUGCACUUUCUGCCUUUGAUGACAUGAACCUGGACCAACACCAAGACCUUAUUCACUUCCUCAUAAGGACAUUUGGCCAUAAAAUUUGCCCUAGUAAUGUGACACCCUCAGUACGAGAGUGUUGGAAUCACAGUUAUCAGGUUAUUCUUACAUACGAUGACUUGGCUGCGACUGGUCAUGAUGAACUGUGGCCGAAGUGUGACUACUGGUGGGCAAAUACAUCAGAUCCAAACUGUGUCAUAUCCUACUUGGAGGAAAGGAAAGAGGAAGGAAGACCAGAUGGGUUUGUUGCAGCUGGUCUGAAUCUAACUGAGGAUGCUUGGUAUGUUGUUUCCCAUCCAUGCCAGUCUUUAAGAGGCAUGACCCUGAGCUCCUAUAGUCUGCUCCUGAACUGGGUCAAGCAGCAGCGUCCAGGUUUAGGCAAAACAUGCCUCAACAUCAUCUGUGCAGAUUUUGUCGGGGAUUUCAGCAAUGAAUUUGCUCAGCUGGUUAUUGGACUUAAUCAAAAACUCUUGAGGAGGCCUGACAUCAUGUAGAUCUUUGACUUAAUAGCAGAGGAUCUCUGUCUUAGAUGGUGAACUCACUAUUAUGCAACUUAAACUCUUAGGGUUCUGGAUGCUUUUGAUAAGGAGACACAUAUUUAAUGUUUCCAAAUUGAUAAUGUUUUGAGUUUUAUGACAACCCCAAACUGUGAAUGUUUCGUUUGGUUCCCUAAACUGGAAAUGGUUUGUGCAAUGUUUCCAUCUAGAGGCAAUACAUAUGUAUACUGUUGUUGAAAUACUUCUGUUAAAUACUACUGAGAGACGUGCCUCAAAAUUAUGUUACUGGCUAACUCAUUGUGACAACAAGCUUUCCAAAUUAGGUUUUUCGGUAGUUUCACAAAAUGGAAAAAGCAUAUUCAUAUAUCAAACUCUCAAGGGCUAAACAAAUUGGUUGCAAUGGCCGUCCAAUGAGUCACACUUCAUUUUAUUAAUAUCUAAUUCAAUUGUUGUGUUGACACUCUGGUUGGCUAUCUGUUCAUCCAUGUGUGUGAUAUCCAUCCUUGGGCUCUAAUUUUAGAUGGCUCUUCUGAUGCUCUCUCUAAGGUGCUUGACAUAUAUAGUAUCUACUUAAGUGAUGAUCCUGUUCACUGAUGCCUUUCACACUCAGUUUGUGUAAAUGUGUAAGGUAAAUAAACAUG